CAUGUGAAAUGAUGUUAGCUUACUUAACUGAAGGUCGUGUCUUUAUUACCUAGGGAAUUAACGAACACGUUAUUCGGAGCCAACAAGCAUUUGCAGAAAAGCAUUCUAAAAGCGUCUUUCGUUGUUCAACAAUCCUUUUAAGCAGCAAAAAAGGAUCUUUCUUUUCAACUUUCCCCCUCAGAUCACCAUGGACAGAGGGCAGAGUCAGGGAAAGAAAAAGAGGGCAGAGGAAGAGAGCACUGAAGGAGCAUCCACUUCUUCAUUCAUCUCUCCAGAAGCCACAGGUGUAGGUAGCGGUCAAUAUGACGUGUUCUUGAGCUUUAGAGGCUCGGAUACCCGCAAUACUUUCACUGAUCACCUCUAUCACAGUCUGAUCAAAGCGGGGACUAUACCGCUUUGCGUGUUCAGGGACGAGAACAGCAUCCCAAUUGGUGAGGAAUUUGGUUCAGAGAUUCUCGAUGCCAUCGCACGGUCUAAGAUUUCGAUCCCCAUCAUCUCCGAAAAUUAUGCUUCGAGCAAAUGGUGCCUCCGUGAGCUCGUUCAUAUCAUGGACUGUAAGAAGAGCGCGUCACACAUAGUGUUGCCUAUAUUUUACAAAGUUUCCCCAUCCGAUGUGCGGCAUCUAAAAGGAAAUUUUGGAAAUGCCUUCCAUUCAAGUCGGGAACAUUUUGAUGAGAAGGAUAUCCAAGAGGGGCAACAAGCACUUAAUGAAGUUAGUCACUUAAUUGGAUGGGAAUCUCAGAAAAUUGCGAAUGGGCAUGAGGGAAAAUUAAUAGAACAUGUGGUUGAAAAUGUUAUAAGCAAGUUACGGGAAGAUUUUCAGCUGGAUGUGUCUAAGCAACUAGUUGGACUUGAUGAUCGUAUGAAGGAAAUUAUGAAUUGGAUCGACAAUCCUUCCAUCAAUGCUCGAAUGAUUGGAAUUUAUGGCAUGGGCGGGAUAGGCAAGACAACUCUUGCCAAGUGCAUCUACAAUCAACUCUCAAAUAAAUUUGUGCAUGUCAGCUUCCUUCCAGAUGUUCGAGAAACUACCAAGGCGCCACGGUAUUACGUAUCUGCAAAGUCAACUAAUAUCGGAUAUACUACAGAGCAAAAGUCAAGUGUCUAGAAUUGAUGAUGGAAUUAGUAUAAUUCAAUCUAGAUUCAAAGGGAAAAAGGUUCUCAUUCUUCUGGAUGAUAUAGAUGACAAGAGUCAACUAGAUGCGUUGGCUAGGGAGCGUGAUUGGUUUAUGGCAGGAAGUGUGAUCAUUGUUACAACUAGAAAUGAAGCCGUUCUUGAUCAAUCUAAAUUUGAGGUAGACUACAAGUAUGAAUUGAAUGAAUUGGAUAAGGUGCAAGCUUUGCUUUUGUUUAACAGACAUGCAUUUCGUAUGGACCAUUCUCCAAGGGAGUUUGAGGGUAUAUCUCGUGAUAUCAUAUCCAACAUGGGUGGGCUUCCCUUGGCUCUUCAAGUUGUAGGUUCUUACUUGUAUAAAAAAAA